AUGCAGCCGGAUUCUGAGUCCGAGACCAGUGCUGGUGGCUCCUUUGUGCACAGAGACGACCUUCGCCUGUUAGAAGAGUCAUUUCAAGAUCAGCUAGCUUCGCUUCAGUUGCGUGUGACGGUCCUGGAGAGCCGCCUGCGCCCGAUCAACUUAGAGGGAGCUCUUGCCGCACCCAGUGUUUCCAGUGCUGAGUCUGAGUUUGAGCCCAGCCUGGAGGAUCUCGUGGCAGCUUAUCCGAGAGUCAUCCCGCGUGUGUGGGGCUUCUUGCAAGCUUCAGAUCGCCGCGCAUUGCUCGUGGCCUCGGCCCCUGGAGACAUCCAAUACAUUGGCGAUCAGUGCACCUUCCGCUGUCUUGCACAGGGAGCUAGUGUAGAUUUUGGUUUGGGUGUCCGUUUUCCGGCUCAGUCGCAUAAUGCACCGGCUCUGGGUUUCAGUUCGAUCAAUGACGGUCAUGCCAAGCAGUUUGAGCAGGGCAGGAUCAUCUGGGAAAUGCUCAAGCCCCGGCUGCUCCCGAUCUCAGAUUGCCUUGCCGACUUGUCAGGUUCUUUUCACGGCGACGUGCUUGAGCACCGCAUCCUUAGCAGUGUGGCGGACACAACUCUUGUGCGUUACCUCAGUGCUGUCAGGCAUUUCAUUGAAGCUUUGGAGUGCUUGGGGGUGCCGGUGUCGGAUAAGGUCCGGCAAGUGGAUGUUGCUGACGCUUUGCUGGUCAUGCAUAAAGGGGGCAGCCAAGUAGGCAACAGUCUUAAGGCAAUCCGCUGGGCACGCAAGGCACUCGCUCUCCGCCUUCCGGACUUGUAUUCAGGCAUCAUGUUGAACAUCUCAGGUAAAAUCGAGGCGGACCGCAAGGAAGCACUUCCGCUUCCCAUGUUUGUCCUGGGACUUCUUGAAAGGAGCUUGAUUUUGGCUGAGGGUUCUGUGCAGCAUCGCUUAUUCAUAGGCGCGGUAUUGGUCUGUUGUUGGAGCAGUCUUCGUCUCAGCGAUGCUCAACACACCAAAUGGACUUCGCUUCAGUCCGGAUCCUGGUGCUUGCGUGGAGUGAACUUCCGCACUAAAGUUAGUCGUAGAGGGGUCCCUUUCGGUCUGAUAACACAGGGCAUUUAUGGUUUCAAGCGCGAGUUCACACGCACUUGGGUGGCCAAGUAUCUCUUUCUCUUGGGUGAGGAAUGGGAUGCAGUGGUCAAUCGUUUUGGAGAUGUGACGCCAGACUGUCUGUUCUUCAGAAGCACCGAUUCGGAGUUUGCUCCCAUGUCAUACGGGGAAGUUCUGUCGGCUCUCCGUUGCACCUUGAUUUCUCUCGGUUUGAGUGCUGAGGAAGCACGUGACUUCACUGUGCACAGCAUGAAAGCAUGUUUACUUGCUGUGAUGGCACAGAGAGGCUUCCGAACCUCGCGCCGUGAAGCGCAAGGACACCACCAACCGUCGGGCCGGAGUGCCCGACUUUAUUCACGGGACGAUAUCUGGCCGGCGCUAGAAGCUCAACGAGCCCUUGUGCAAUCGCUUCGCUCGGGGUGGAUGCCGAGUACGCCUCUGGGGCGUGGGGGACAACAUCCUACCCCCCAACGACCUUUUGUUCAUGUGAAUGUCCCUAGCGAACCAUCGCCCGUGCACCCCAGAUUUCCGCUUUUGGAUGUGUUUCCACCUGAGGUCUCUCAUGAGGCGGUGCAGGUCGAUAGGGAAGAGUCCCAGUCAGCAGGAAGCAGUGAUAUGCAGGCUCCUACGUUGGAGGCCGCUUUAUCUUCAUCCAGUGAGUCGGAGCAGGAUGACGGCACUUCAGGUUCGGUCCGGCGUUCAAGUGGGGCCAUCUCUGCCACUUUCCAGCCUGAGGAGUGCGAUGAGUUCUUGUUCUUGCAGGGGGCAUCAGGUACAGUCCAUGUGGCAGCGCCUCAGGAAGGUGCAUCGGGAACGGCAGCUCAUGCUGAAGGGCACACUGCCCACCUUAGGCCACGGUGUGGAGCCUUGGCCAAGUCUUUUGCAGUUUUGACCACCGUGCCGGUAGGGGCACGCCUUUGCAUGCACGUCGCAUGCAGGCGAGUUUUGGAGCUUUAG